AUGGGUCAAAAUCAGCAAGCACAGAUGCCAGCGGAGGAGCUGGAGCUGAGCAGCAUCCAUGACCUCUACAAGUUCUUCAUCAUGGAGUGCCCGAGUGGAUCUUUGUACCUGCACGAGUUCAAGAGGAUGUUCGGGGUACAGCCCGGUACACCGGAGGCGCAGUACAUGGACAACAUCUUCCGAGCGUUCGACAUGAACCAUGACAACACAAUGGAUUUCAUAGAGUAUGUGGCCGCACUCAACCUCGUUCUACGUGGAAAACUUGAAGACAAGCUGAGGUGGUCCUUCAAGGUGUUUGACGGCGAUGACAACGGCCGUCUAGACAGGAGAGAGCUACGAAAGAUUGUAACGAUAAUCUACAAGAUCAAGAAAGGAUCUGUUACUGAUGAGGAAGGAACACAGAACCUCACUCCUGACCAGGUGUGCACUCGCAUCUUCAAAGAAGUUGACGUCAACAACGACGGUCAGAUUACUCUGGAGGAGUUCCUCGAGGGGGCACAGAGGAGUCCAUGGCUGCAGAGCUUUCUUCAGCUCGAUGUCAAUCCCAGCGGAUGGAUACAGAAUGUGCAAACGAUAAUGUGCUGUUAUAUGAUGUGA